GUUCUUUUCAUGUGAGCGGCCUUGAUCCAUUCCUCACUAUCAGUCUGCAACCCCGCCUGUCUGACAGCCAGCAUAAACAUACAGAAGUGGUUCCACCAAAACUGACAAUCAGCCAGUGGGAGAAACAAACAGCGAGGGGAAACGGCCUGCAGGGUAUUUAACCAGUUUGACCGACAGGUGACAAAAAGCAGAUAGAAGUUAGACGGAAGGGCAGUCAUGUUGAUCGUCUUAGCUUUCAUCAUACUCUUUCAUCUGGCUGCAGCCAUCCUGCUCUUCGUUGCCACCAUUCACAAUGCGUGGUGGGUGGUAUCAAGACCUGGCAUUAACAUUAUUAGUGACUUAUGGUACGCAUGUAACACCACUUGCGAAUCGAUUGAGGACAGUCACACUGUGAAUGCAGCUUAUCUGCAGGCAGUCCAGGCUACCAUGAUCCUUGCCACUAUAUUGUGUUGCGUCAGCUUCUUCGUCUUCAUCCUUCAGCUCUUCAGGAUCAAACAGGGAGAGCGAUUCAUUUUCACAGCCAUUAUCCAGAUAUUGGCAUCUUUAUGUGUGAUGAUCGCGGUGUCCAUCUACACGGCCGAGAACAAAAGCUUUCAUAAGCAUGACCUUCAGGAAGGCUCAUUCGGCUCCUCUUAUGUUGUGGCGUGGAUCAGCUUCCCCAUGACUCUCAUCAGUGGCCUCGUGUACCUGGUGCUCAGGAAACGCAAAUAGACAUAAUAGGCUUAUAUAAACAAUAUUCAAAUUCUAUAAAUGGAAACUUGAACAUAUGAGUACAAACAAACAAUUUUUCUCAUCUAACAUUCUUUUUUUAACCCUUGUUUUUUAUUUUCUAUUGGAAUCUGCUUCAAAUUCUGCAUCAUUUCAAAUCACAGGUGCAAAUCUAGAAAACAUUUAGUACUUUUUUGGUCCAUCUUAUGCAUGAGCUUCUUGUUCCUGAUGGUACAUUGUUCUUACUGAGUGUGGCAAAGAUGACUCUUCGGAUUCAAGUCCUUUAGAGACAUGGCAGUCCAAUUUUUCCCCUGCUUACGUCUGUGGUAGCCACUGCAGUAUGUUUCUGCAAUUAUCUAAGGCGAGAAGUGCACCGUGAUUCACAUUUGAUCUGCAGUGCCUUGUUUAAACAGUGUAACCUUACCUUUGCCAGCAUGGCACACUGUGCUGGCUAGCUCCAUUUGCAUAAGGUCAAAUCAGCUCGAUGCAAAUGCACACCACAAGAGCCUAGGUGACUUCAUCACCCAUCCACUGCUCUGCAUAGACAAGGCUCCAGAGGACCCUUGCUGCAUUUUGUGAGAACUUACCUUCACCUUCCUCCCUUUCCCUUGGCAAAAACACAGGAAGAGAGCUCUGCUUUGUCUCCCCCUGUUGUGUCGCUGUCUCCUGCUUUCCACCAACUCCAGUCACAGGACUAUUUUAUCCAAAAGGAUAAUAGUGGAAGAAGGAAAAAGUGUGGAGGCUUGUCUGACAUCUCCUAGACUUGCUAAAGGCUUUUUUAUUUUUGUGAAUCUAUAGUUGACAGACUUUAU